AUGGCUGGCCGCGACACUUCAAGAGAUUACUACGCCAGUCAUAUACUCUAUUUGCCCAACCCGAUUGCCGGAGUUUUCCCUCCCUUACCCGCUACACCGGUUGCUCUAAUUCUUCUGCGUAGUUUACGUUUUGUAUAUGUAAAAUUAGUCAUAUAUCAGGCUAUCAUAAUCGUAGUAACCGUGGCUUUUGUGCAGAACUACAGAUCAGAAAAGGCUCUGGAGGCGCUAAAAAUGCUAAUGCCUCCACGGUGUUGCUGGUGA